UUGGGGGUCGGCAUAGGAUUCAGUCAGUCUUUACAGUACCGCAUAUUGUGUUUCUUUGAAUUGCUCGGAAAUAAUUUUUGGAAGUUCCACAUUUGUACAGAGAAACAUUAACUAAAUUGUUGGGAGUUCCGUGUUUUUUUUUAAGUAAGAAUAAAUCUACAGUGGUCUUAUUUGGAUAUUUUACCUUUUAUGGUGAAAACGUUGGGACUUACUUUGCACUGGUUUAUAACUAGUGGGCGGUUUAAUGAAAGGAGGUAGAUAAAGGGUUUGCAAGUGCCUUGACGAUCAGAGCAGUCACGAUUGUCCAUUGGUCACAGUUAUAACUACAAACAUGUCACAAGUGUGCAACUUGCUGACUUUUUUCUCGUGUAUGCGGGGAACUCCCAAAAAUAAGAUACAUCAUCAGAUUCAUCCCGGACGACCCGGGCAUUUUGAUGCUGUAAUUGUUUGGAAAGGGAAAGAAAACAAGAAGGUUAACACUGGAGGUUUGGCGUACGAGGUGAUCUUGAAGCCCGCUGAGGGUGACAUGCCCCGCCCCUCUUCCCCACCCAAGGAUAAGGGCAUCACCCACGGCGACAUUGUUCGCAAACUACAGGAAGCUGAGGAGAGGAGACUGUCAGUGGAGGCUGAAAAGCUGGCCCCUAUUGCCAAGGCCAAGGAGCGCGCCCAGGAAGCUCUGGCCAAGACACAGCAGGAGAAGGAAGAGUUUGCCCGUGUCACACAGGAGAAGCUGCGUCGCUCCAUGGAGGUUAACAAGGAGAACCGCGACGCUCAGAUACAGGCCCUACAGAGCAGACUCCGCGAACAUUUACUGAAAGUGGAGGAGACGUGUCGAAAGUCAGAGGAGAUGACAAAGGAAUUGGAGAAGCGGAUUCAACAGAACCUCGAACAGAAGUCGGAGAAACGCCAAGCCCAGAUUGAGGCCAUGUUGCAGAAACUCCGCGAUCAUGAAAAACACGUUGAGGAAGUGGUAAAAGCCAACGAGCAGCUCUCACGAAGCAAAUUCUCCGAAGAGAAGGUUCUUGAAAAACUACAGAAGGCUCUCAAAAACCGGGAAAACUUCCUAUCAGAUCAGAAGAAAAAGUUCCAAGAACACGAGAAGAAGAUUGAGGAAGUUCGCAAAAACAAGACUGCCCUGCAGUCCAGCGGUGACUCCACACCCGACCAGUAACGAGUCACAUAGGCUCGCCACUCAGACUUGUACAUAAUGUGAAUUCUCAAUCUAGGAGAUGAUGGCGAAAAGGGUUGAAGUGAAAUUAAUAGUGGAAGCACUUGGAAUGUAACUGUUCCUCACGAUUCUACUUGUAAACUGGGACCAAACAGACUGAGAUCAAUUGGAAUCAAUAUUGUAGACCAUCACAAGUGUUUAGUUCAAUACUAAUGUAACUACGAAAAAAAAAAUUGUAGUUAAGAUGGUAUUGUAUUAACCUCUUGGCCUUUGUUAUAUUCUUACUGACUUACAUCAAAAAGUGCUACUCCGUUAUUGUGCUGUUUCAUUUAUUGUAAUUUGAACAACUAAGGUAUUUGAUGUAUGAAUAAAAAAAUGUUUAAUCGUGCCAUGGCUGUAACGUUAAAUUUUAAUGCCUUGUUUCCCCAUUUGAUUUUGGUUUUCCCUAAAUAGAUAGAGCUCACUGAUUUCUAAUAUGUAAAAUUAAAAUAUCGAAAAUACAUUACAGAUAAAGUUGAGGCAGUUUGUAUUUUAUUUCUUUAUUUAAAAAAAAAUCAGAAUUGAAAUGUUCAAAGGCCAAAACAUAAUGUUUGUAAUACUUAUUUCGAUAUAAUAUUUUACAUAUUCUUAAUCUACACAUUAAAGCUGCACUCUCACAUUUUGACCAGUUUUUAAAAAAAAAAAAAUUGUUGAGGAAUGUGCCAAUUUUUGCGUAAAUAUCUGAAAACCAGUGAUAUAAGACUGCUAGCAAAAGAUCAGAUCGCAGUUUUUCCUAUUUCUGUUCAGGCUGUUAGAGCUCAAAGCAUUACUAACGCUCUAAGAAAGAUGAAUAAAACAUUAAUUUUUAACAUAAUUAUGAAAGCCUGCGAUCUUUUUUUUGUCAGCAGUAUUAUUUCACUGUAUACCAUGCGUUUUCGCAAAAAAUGACACGUUCCAAGUCAAAAAUUAAAAAAAAAUUGAAAUGUUCAAUCUGUGAUAGUGCAGCUUUAAGUGCUUUAAAAUGAUACCAAAAGAAGGCUACCAGACAUCACAAUUUCACAACAUUGUUCAUCUCAUGUUUUAUUGUAUGAAAAAGAGCAAAAGGCUUAAAUAAUAGUUCUGACAAGUAUGUUAAACAAAGAUAAUCAUUAUGUUUUGUCAUAGUAAUUAUAUUGAUAUCUUUUGAAUCUCAUGUUGUUUUGUUGCAUAGGAAUGUGACCGCUUUGUGUGGUAUUUUUCAUUGACACUGGUUUUGGUUGUAUUUCACAUAUGUUUAAAGGAGUUUUAAAUAGUUUGAUGCACUGGAAACUAGCUCUACCAAGCAGAUGUAUAUUAUCUUGGCCUAACCUUCUUUCAAACUUUACAAGAUUUUUUUGAUUUUUUUAUUGAGCUGAAUUUUUGGAAAAUUAAAUUUGAAAUGUUUUCUUCUAAAUUUAAGCCUGAACAAUGUAAAUACACUAGUAUAGAUUUUGAUAAAAAGUAGAUUGGAUUGGUUUACAAUAUUCUUGUAUGCCCAGCAGAUGAUUGGACAAAUCAGUUCUAAGGCCUAAAAAACAGUCUGUGUUUCAAUUAACCUAACUAAUGUUUACCUCUGAAUAAUAAUUCUUUGUUUUGACUUACUAGAAUUUCAUAUAAUGCAUGAAUGUUUUGGUAGUAUUUUCGCAACCUUGACCAAAGAUUAUUUUCGCAAAUCUUUGGAUGCAUAAGGUAUGUCUGUUGGAUCAUUUCACGUUAAAGAUUUUCGGAUACAAUUUGUUUUUAUGAAUUAUCGGGAUCAACAGACCCAUUUAUGUUGUAACACGACUCUUUUUUAGGCUUUAUUCUGUACAUUUGACAAUCAUAUCACCAAGGUGUCCCGGGUUCUUUUCCAAGCCCGGGCAAAUGUGAGUUUUGCUGGUGGUCACCAAGCCUGACAGUUUUUCUGGGUACUCCUUUUUUUUUCCACAACACAAAACAAUACUCGGGUGCAAGAGAGUGACUUAGGAUAAAUUAAUAUAACUUUCUUCACGAUGGUUAUAAAUGUAAAUCAAGUUUAAACUUAUCAUAUCAAGAAAAUAUCUGUUAGUCUGUUACCUUAAAAAAGAAUAAAUAUUUAGGUGGGAUAGUUACCAAAGCAAAAUGACUUGUUAUGUAUUCUAAUAUUGUAAGAUUUUUUGCUUUAAACAUGCCUUUGUUAACCUGUUAUUGAUGUAGCUAUGUGUCAUGUACCACGGAAUAUAGGAAUUUUGGUUGACAAUUAUUUCAACGUUGAUGUUUCACAACUAAAUAUAUUGGAACAGAAAUGCAUAGCAAAAUAAUCAGCAAUGUGAAUCAAUGCAGUUUUUGUUGUCACUUGUGAAAUCCACGUGUUUCUUGUGAAAGUAUUUACGAUUUUUUCUAGUCUCUAAAUAUGCGCCAUAUUGAUAAUUCAUCUUCACGUUUUUCAUGGUAACUUUAUUGUUGCAACAAUGUCAUUACUUUUCCCCCCAUCACAUUUUUUUGUAGAAAAAUGAAAACUAAAAUCAUUCAUUUCACUUGCUUUACAAAAACAUUCAAAACAACUCACAUUUAUGUUACAAUACAAAAAUUGUCAGUUGCCACUAAAUUAUUUCCAACAUGUGUAUCGUUGCAUCAUUUUUUCAUCUUUAAAAUGUUUUUUAUUUGUUCAUUUUUAACUACAAGUAUCCAUUCCAUUCAUCCGUGUUGUGAAUUUACUGCCUCAAAUAAGUUUAAGUGCUGUGGUUAUGCAUGCAAUAUCCAGUUUAGCCUUAUAUAUGAUGUAACUUUUUGUAGAAACUUCAUCUGCUGCUAUUAAACUUGUUCAUAAAACAA